AUGGCUUCUCAUCAAUUUACCGUGGCGUCCCCUCCCACGGAUGCUAUCUCGGCGCUGAAGUUCUCCCCCGACCCCGACUCCACGCAGAUCGUCGUAUCGUCAUGGGAUAAGAAUGUAUACCUCUAUGAUCUACGCGAUGAAAAUGGCAAGGUUGGAGAGGGGAAGCUACUACAGAAGUUUGAGCACCGUGCGCCUGUGCUGGAUGUCUGCUUCGGCGAAACCGAGAAUGUGAUCUACACAGCUGGACUGGACUGGGACGUCAGGAAGAUUGACCUUAACACCGCCGAACAGACCGUGCUCAGCAGCCACGAAGCCGGUGUACGCCAUGUCGUCUACAGCCGCGAGCAUAACAUCGUCAUCUCCGCCUCAUGGGAUUCGACACUGCACAUCCACAUGCCCGAUGCUGGCGCAAACCCCGACUCCCUUCCAAUCAUCGUCCCCCUCCCGUCGAAACCAUUUUCGGUUUCUGCAACCGCCACCAAGUUAGUGGUCGCCAUGGCGUCGCGCGCAUUGCACAUCUACGACCUCAAGGCACUCGCCCUUCUCACUGCACAAGCAGACAGCACAUCACCUAACGGCAACCGAGUCGAGGUUGAGCCCUGGCAACGCCGCGAGAGUAGCUUGAAGUUCAUGACCCGUUGCGUUGCUUGUAUGCCCGAUGACGCUGGCUAUGCCUCAUCCAGCAUUGAGGGCCGUGUUGCCGUCGAGUGGUUCGACCCGUCGCCUGAGUCUCAGGCCCGCAAGUAUGCUUUCAAGUGUCACCGUCAGACCGCUGAGGAUGGCGUCGACGUCGUCUAUCCUGUCAACGCAUUGGCUUUCCACCCUGCCUUCGGCACCUUUGCCUCCGGUGGUGGUGAUGGUGUUGUUGCUCUCUGGGACGGAAUUUCCAAGCGCCGCAUCCGCCAAUAUCAAAAGCACCAAACCAGUGUCUCAGCUGUGGCGUUCAGUGGCAAUGGCCGCCAUCUGGCAGUCGCGGUCAGCCCUGGAUUCGAAAACGGCCAUGACGAGGUCCCAGAAGGCUCCGUCAAAAUUUAUGUACGGGAGCUGGGCGAGACGGAGGCCAAGGGCAAGGGCGCGAGAUAA